GCGUCAGAUGGCCUGGCCUCCACAAUCACCCAUGCUCAGCACCUCUGGGAACUCCUUUAAGACUGUUAGAAAGCCAAUCCAGGUAAAUCGUGAACACCUGAGGGCCCCAGUGUGCCGAUUACUUCAGCCUGGCAGUAGUGCAGUGUCUCGCUCUCUUCUCUUCAUCCUUCAAGGAUGUGGCUGAGGCCAUUUUGAGUUCUCCGUUGUCUUAUUUCUACACUUCAACACCUCUACAUACACCAUAUUUUCACUCACUCACACCAUCACUACUGACUUUACUGAUUUUAACUCGACAUGUUUUACGUUCUGUUUGCAUUUAUUGCUCAUCCUUAAUUACUGUGUUAUACUUUCAAUAUAGUGUGUCUCACGGUCCCAGAGCCAGAUCGUGACAGUUCCUUCAUAGUUUUCAUGUCUUAAGUAUUAAUCUACAAUGUGAAAUAAAAACAAUAUAGAAAAAACAGUAAAUGGGUGUGUCCCAACAUUUGACUGGUAGUGUAUGUACUCCAUAUAAGCUACAGAAAGAAUAGAUUCCCUAUGGGGCUUGCAAUCAAUACACUAUACUAAAUGAAUGUGUAAACUAAAAUAAAUAAUAAUAAAACUAGAAAAUAACUAAACUAAAUAAUUCAGUAAUUCCCCCCCACAUGAGCUGAAGAUGCAUCUGACUUCCUCACUGACAGGGUGUGGCCAAGAAGUGUCAAGACUUUGCAGUAUUUUAAUCGUGUGGUAUUCAGCUUGAAAGAGUAACUCUGUUUGCUUUUAUAUUGCAAAGGCUCAGCAGGGAAGUCAGUUAAUGUUGCAUUUCUGCUGAAAUUUAUAAAUUACCUGAUUUAAAAAUUAAUUGUUUCUCUUUCAGCUGCCGGCUUGUUUGGUAAGGUAAAAUGUUUCUGCUUUUCAUGUUUGAACUUCCUAACCCAGUCUUUAUUUUACUGCUUUUCAUGACUUUCACUGAAAAUGACAGGAUACAUUUUGUUUGUUGGGUUUUAGCUCACUAGAAAUGAACCUCAGAUAUUAUUAAUCACAGAGUAACAUCUGGUUGUACACGGCUACUUCCUGUUUGAAUGUGUUUAUUUUACGUUGCUUUAAAACAUCAUGAAUGCUUUGUGUAAAAGAUGCUUUGAUUAAAAUAUUGAAAAGUAACUUUUGUUUCCAGGUGAGUGUCAUUGCAGUCCUGUCUAUGAAUAUGGUGACAGCCAACAUGUUACUGAGUGUCUUCUUUCUUUCAGGUGUUUGGGCUGAUUGUCCUCAACAGCCAGCAGGCCUCUUCAUCACUGCACCACAGAAGAUGGAAGCACUGAAUGGAUCUUGUUUGCAAAUCCCAUGUAGCUUUAGUGCUAAAGCAGAACAAGAGUUUGACAGCAGCAGAGAAAUCUUCGGAGUGUGGAUUAAAAGUGACUCCAGGUUUGGCAACAAUUCAAACAAUGUGAUUUUCAACAGUAGCAGGACAGUUAACAUCUAUCCAAUGAGGAUUACUGGAAACCUGAGUCAGAAAAACUGCACCACUCUGUUUUCCAGUUUACUCACAAGUUAUACAAACACAUACUUCUUCAGAAUUGAGAACAAACCAUUCAUGGCGACAGCAUCUUGUGAUCCUCUUCAAAUAACAGUUAAAGAUUCUCCUCCGAGCCCCAGAAUUGAGAUCCCAGCUGAUCUGAAGGAGAAGCAGUCUGUCACUAUAACCUGCUCAGCUUCCACUCCCUGUCCACACUCCCCUCCUAAACUCACCUGGAACCUCCAACAAGACUCUCACAGCAACACAGAGGAAAACACAGAUCGAACCUUUACAACUAAAAUCCAGGAGACCAUCACUCUGUCAGACCAACAUGAUGGAUACAACAUCACCUGUUCUGCCAGAUAUCCUGUGAAUGAAGGAAAAGAUGUCAAGACAGCAGAGGAGAGAAAGACUCUCAGUGUUUCAUAUGCUCCUAAAAACACCUCAGUGUCCAUCAGUCCAUCAGGUUUGGUGUCAGCAGGUAGCUGGGUGAACCUGACCUGCUCCAGCAGAGCCAAGCCUCCCGUCAGCCGCUUCACCUGGUUCAAGAGCAGCACAGAUGGACCCAUGACUGUAUCUGAAGGAGAGGUUUACAUCUUCAAGGUGACCAGUGUCACUGAUGGAGGAGUUUAUUACUGUGUGGCCACAAAUGAUCUCGGUAAUCAGACGUCAUCACAGAUUUAUUUGAAGACUGCAGAUGCUCCUAAAAACACCUCAGUGUCCAUCAGUCCAUCAGGUUUGGUGUCAGCAGGUAGCUGGGUGAACCUGACCUGCUCCAGCAGAGCCAAGCCUCCCGUCAGCCGCUUCACCUGGUUCAAGAACAGCACAGAUGGACCCAAGAAUGUAUCUGUAGGAGAGGUUUACAGCUUCAAGGUGACCAGUGUCACUGAUGGAGGAGUUUAUUACUGUGUGGCCACAAAUGAUCUCGGUAAUCAGACGUCAUCACAGAUUUAUUUGAAGACUGCAGAUGCUCCUAAAAACACCUCAGUGUCCAUCAGUCCAUCAGGUUUGGUGUCAGCAGGUAGCUGGGUGAACCUGACCUGCUCCAGCAGAGCCAAGCCUCCCGUCAGCCGCUUCACCUGGUUCAAGAACAGCACAGAUGGACCCAAGAAUGUAUCUGAAGGAGAGGUUUACAGCUUCAAGGUGACCAGUGUCACUGAUGGAGGAGUUUAUUACUGUGUGGCCACAAAUGAUCUCGGUAAUGAAACAUCAUCAGAGAUCCAUCUGACUGUUGAAGUAGACGUUCACUCUGUACAAUGGCAGGCAGUUCUUGGAGGGAUCGUUGGGAUCAUUGCACUCAUCUGCCUGGUUGUCUGUGUUUGGUUUUUAAAGUCAACACAUCCAACUACACAACAGACUCAGAGUCAAACAUACGAAGAGCUGCCAUUUCAAGACCCAGCAAGUAAAACUGAAGAAAAAGCAGAAGACAUCCAUUAUGGAGAGAUCGACUUCUCCAAGCGGAGACGUGAUUGGUCCUCUAACUCAGUGCAGGACAGUGGACAGCAGCAGGAUACUCUGUAUGCACAGGUCAAAGUGUCCCAGCCAGCAAACAGCUUAACACAGACUGCUGACGGCCCAGAGGAUCUCUACGCUCAAGUGAAGAAAAAAUGAGGAGUGUGUUGUGGUCACAUUUGGACUGCAUUCUUACUUUUUAUUUUAUUUACUUUGUCAGUUAAUUUAGAAAGAGACACUGGACAGGAAAAUAUCUUCACUUUACUGAAAGUCAAGACCUCCACACCCUGCAGCUGGUUUCAUCUUUCACACGUUAUCACAUUAAGUUGUUGUCAAAUGUAUGUGCUGACCUCAUACGGACGUUGAUGCUGUGUGAUAAGUCGUCUCUUUUUCAGAAAUGAGCAAGUGAAAAAGGGAACUAUUCUAAAUGACAUGAGAAUAAAUUACUGUGAACUUGAACCCAAAGCUUUUUUAUACGCACAUUACUAGUGUUGUAAUAUUAUAUUUGAAAUGUUCAUUUUGCAAUAUUUUACAAUUAAUUUUUAACAAGGCAUUUUAAAUCUAAUCAUUUGUCACAUUUUGUAGCCCAUGUUUUUUUUGUAUUUUAAUCACUUCAAAAAUAAAUGAGGCGUCGUCUCUGCA